AUGCGGACCAUUCCAAAGAAAAAUUAUUUUCAAGAUGGUCUGCCUAAUGAAAUUAUGAUAAAUACCUUUAAGUAUAUUAAGCAACCUAUGAAUUUAAUUCUAAGCUGUAAGAGAUGGUCUUUUAUAUCUAAAGAUUCUCAAACGAAAGCAGAAUGGAUUAUCUUUCAAUGUGGACGAGCCCAUUGCCUUUUUCACGCAAUUAGAUUAGGUCCUACUUUUAUUUCUGUCGCAGUUUCACGAGCUAUUAUUACUAAAGGCGGAAUCCUUUCGAGGUACUUUGCUCAACGGCUUCUUAUUCACUAUGGCAACUACGACCAAAAGCUCAGAAUUAAAGAUUAUUCACAAUUUUGUAAAGACGUUAAUGAUCUAGUAUUACAAGGGGCUAUCUUGAUUCUUUUACCACCUGCUCAACCUAUUGGAUCAGACGUUAAGGCUAUCAAUGAACGACUUUUCGAACUAAUCGACCUUGGAUUUCAAUUAAAUUAUAGUAAUAUUUUCCAUCUUUUUGAACACAGAUUAGAUGAAGUUGGAAAAAUUUUAAUAGACUCAUUUGCAGAAAUUAUGAAAGAAUCACAGGGUUGUUUCUUACACAAAUGUUUAAUGGAAACAUUAAAGUCUACUUAUAAACCGAAGAACGAAAAUAUACAGGACUUCUUUUACAAAUAUCUACCGGGAACGCCUGAAUCCGAAUUUAAAAGAGCGUUUGAAGAUUAUUCUAACUCCCUUAACAUUAGUCACCAGAAUUUUAAUUUAAGAUUAUCGUAG